AUGUUGCUUAAGACCUUAUUUUCUGUUGCUGCAGCCUCUAUCUAUGCCGGUUUUGCUGCCGCACAGGAUUUGCCACCUAUUGAAGUUCUCGGAAACAAGUUCUUCUUUUCCAACAACGGUUCUCAAUUUUAUAUCAAAGGUAUCGCAUAUCAAGCUGACACCGCUAAUGCCACCACUGGUCAAUCCAUCAAUGAUCCUUUAGCAGAUUUCGAAACGUGUUCCAGAGAUAUUCCAUAUUUACAAGCUGUAGACACCAAUGUUGUUCGUAUUUAUGCUGUCAACACAUCUUUCGAUCACUCUCAAUGUAUGCAAGCCUUGAACGACGCUGGUAUAUAUGUUAUUGCUGAUUUGUCUGCUCCACGUUCGUCUGUCAAUAGAUUGAGCCCAUCAUGGGAUUUGGAACUUUACAAUCAAUACACCUCUGUCGUUGAUCUGUUUGCAAAUUAUACUAAUGUGCUAGGUUUCUUUGCUGGUAAUGAAGUUACAAAUAACUAUACCAACACCGAUGCUUCUGCCUUUGUAAAGGCUGCAAUUAGAGAUAUGAAGUCUUAUAUUAGGGAGAGAAAUUACAGAAGUAUUCCUGUGGGAUACUCGUCUAACGAUGAUGAAGAUACUAGAGUUGCUAUUGCUGAUUAUUUUGCUUGCGGAGAUGAAGAUGUUAAAGCUGAUUUUUACGGUAUUAAUAUGUACGAAUGGUGUGGUAACUCCACUUACCGUGGAUCCGGUUACGCUGAUAGAACUGCCGAAUUUAGAAAUUUAUCAAUUCCAAUCUUCUUUUCUGAAUACGGUUGUAACGCUAUUAGACCAAGAGAGUUUUCUGAAGUUGAAACCUUAUUCGGUGAUGAUAUGACUGAUGUUUGGUCUGGUGGUAUUGUUUAUAUGUAUUUUGAAGAAUCCAAUAACUAUGGUUUGGUUAGUAUUGAUGGAAACAAUGUUAGAACCUUGGACGACUAUAAUUACUACUCUAGUGAAAUUAGACGCGUUUCUCCAUCUUCUGCCAACAAUGCCUCCUACACUGCCUCUUCAACAAGUCUCUCUUGUCCAAGAACUGGCAGAUACUGGCAAGCUUCUACAGAUUUACCACCAACUCCUGACAGAAAUCUAUGCCAAUGUAUGGGCGCAUCUUUGAGUUGUGUAGUUGAUGAUGAUGUUUCUGAGGAUGACUAUCAAGAUUUGUUCGAUUACGUUUGUGGUGAAAUCUCAUGUGAUGGUAUUCAAGGUAAUGGUACAUCAGGUGAUUAUGGUGCUUACUCGUUCUGUAGCCCACAAGCCAAGUUGUCAUUUGUUUUGAACUUAUACUACGAAGCUCAAGGUGCUUCACAGAGUGAUUGUGAUUUCAGUGGUUCUGCAAGUCUACAAACUGCAAGUAUUCAAUCAGGUUGCUCUUCCGCGUUAGCUCAAAUUGGUAGCAGUGGUAUGAACCAGGCAAGUGCAAGCGCAAAUUUCAGUGGUGGCUCUUCCUCUACAACUGCUGCUAGAAUCACCCAAUCAGGUUCAGGUUCAGUUACCGUCCAAGGCUCUUCAAGCUCUAGUUCUACUCAUUCAGCUUCAGCCACAAAAGAAAGUACUGCUAUUUCUAGCGCAGAAUUCAAUUUGUUUCAAGUUAUUUUAUCUUCGAUUGCCACAAUUUCUGUUGUCGCUGGCAUGGGUUUUGCUUUAGCUUGA